GAAAUACUAGGCCCAAGUUUCCUUUCCCGCCGUCGCAUAGGAUUGUGGGUACCAUGUGAAAUAGCAAAAUGGCGGACUCAGAAGAGGCAGAGUUAACUCCCGCAGAAGAUAUCGUCGUCACCAAAUACAAAAUGGGCGGCGAUAUGGUCAAUGAAAUAUUGAAGCAGGUGAUCACCAAAUGUGUCGCAGGGGCCUCUGUCCUGGAAAUCUGCGAGCUUGGGGACAAACAUCUUAUCGAAGAAACAAGCAAGGUUUUCAAGAAGAUGAAAGAAAUGAAGAAAGGUCUUGCUUUCCCAACUUGUGUUUCCGUCAACAACUGUAUAUGCCAUUACUCCCCGCUGAAGUCUGAACCUGAUGUCAUUCUCAAGGAUGGAGACCUAGUGAAGAUUGACCUCGGGGCUCAAAUCGAUGGCUUUAUUGCAGUAGUAGCACACUCCCUGGUCAUUGGUGCAAGUGCUGAGAAUAAGGUGAAGGGGAAGAAAGCUGAUGUGAUGAUGGCAGCGCACCUAGCCAGUGAGGCAGCACUCCGACUUGUGAAACCAGGCAAUGAGAACUACAAUGUAACAGACAACAUACAGAAAGUUGCUGAGUCCUUCAAAUGCAAACCCAUUGAAGGCAUGUUGUCCCAUCAACUCAAGAGACACGUUAUUGAUGGUGAAAAAGCUUUUAUACAAAACCCAACAGAAGCCCAAAGGAAAGAACAUGAAAAGUGUGAAUUUGAAGUCUAUGAAGUGUAUGCUAUUGAUGUCUUAAUCAGCACAGGUGAAGGAAAGGGCAGGGAAUCCGACACAAGGACAACAGUUUAUAAGAAGAAGGAUAUUGUUUAUCAACUAAAGAUGAAAGCAUCAAGGCAAUUCCUCAGUGAAACUGACAAGAAGUUCGGCUUGAUGCCCUUCACGCUAAGGUUAUUUGAAGAUGAGAAGAAAGCCAAGAUGGGUAUUGUCGAGUGUGUGAAGCACGACCUCAUGCAGCCGUUCAGUGUGCUGUACGAGAGGGAAGGUGAAUCGGUAGCCCAGUUCAAGUUCACAGUGAUUUUGAUGCCAAACGGACCAUUGAAGAUCACAGGUUUCCCGCUUGAUACUGAUGCAUAUGAGACAGAAUACAGCAUUGAAGAUGAAGAGCUCAAGACUCUGCUCGCAGCAUCCGCAUCCAGGAAAAGUGCUAAGCGAAAGAAGAAGAAGGUUGAGAAGGCGAUCGCAGAAAACAUGGAGACACCCCCAGCACCAGCUGACUGAGCGAGUCCUGUGACCUUUGACAUUGUAGCCACAAUACCGGAAUACAUUGCAACCUAGAUGUUGCUUAAUGCUCAAGGCUGGGUCAGCCGAGGGUUAGCAGAUCAUCAAAUUGGACGUCAAAGUUGAAUAUCUUUUCUAUGGAGUGGGGGUUUCUUGUCUACAUAUGUAAUGAAUGGUGAAGCUUUUCAAAGAUGGAUUUAAUAUUUCAUUCAGAGACAUGUAGAAAUUUUGUGAAGAUUUUGAAAAUAUAAGGGCUUCUGCUAAAUUCUGAAAUAAAAUGUCUUUUGUUUGAACCAUUAGCUGCGCCUUUGAGAAGCAAAUCCUUUGAUUUGUGAAGGGAAUGCCACAUGGUACUGGUGGAUGGUAUAAGAUAUAUCAAAUAGUUUGCAAAUAUGAUUGUCAGUCCUGUAAAGUUCUUUGUACAGUUCUCUUGAAGGUUUAACUUGUUAUAUACCCAUGUGAACGUGUUUAGGUAUAUCUGUUAUUUCUCACAACACCAAAUUGUACAUUGAAGAUGGGGCCAUGCUGUACACUGGAAUUCAUUGUAUCGUAUUCUUCCUCACCCCUUCCUACUAUUGUACUUAAAGUCAUUUGGAUAGAUUUGUUAAAGGCAAUUGUUGUAUUAUUCAGGACACCAUUGUUAGUGUGGUUACAAAUCGAAUUGUGAUGAAAUAGGCUGAUGUUCAUGCAUAAGUGGGUUGAUGUUAAAAAUUAAAAUGGGCCACCAAUUCUCCAACUGAUGUUUACUACUUUUUAUUUUAAGUAUAAAAAAGUGGAAUAUUAUUCCAAAUAUUUACUGUCACUUGCAAAUAAAAGAUGACUGGGAAACUUUAACAUGAUCUAUCCUUAAGUUAAAGUUAAAGUAUUUGUAAAUAUAUCCAUAGCCAAUGUGUUUCAAGGACUUGUGUAGAAUUCAGAAUGACAGCUUGAAAGUGCUAUUUAUUGUUAACCAUCCAAACGUUUUGAUUAAAGCAAGUGCCCCUCCAAAUUUUUUACCCUUUUGUUGGAGAACUUGAUUUUGAGAAAAAAAAUAAAAACCCAACCAAACAAAAAAACAUUGCACUUGUUCUUCCUUCAACGGCAAUAAAUGGCUUCUGAAGUUA